CUCUCCGACACAUAUAAAACCACCACUCUCCCCCACCGCUCUCUGCAUCAAAAACAAAAACCCUACACACAAACACAAACACAAACACAAUGCAAAAGAGUGGUUCAUCAUCAUCACUUGGCCCAGGAGGCCUGGACCUAACCCAGGCCUUCUUCAGGCAAAUUCAACGUGCCGCCCCUCCUUCCCCAACUAAGCGACACAUCAAAAUCUCUGUCGUUGGAGCCGGCAACGUGGGCAUGGCCAUAGCUCAAACUAUUCUUACCCAAGACGUAGCCGACGAGCUCGUCCUCAUCGACGCCAUGGCCGACAAGCUACGUGGCGAGAUGCUCGAUCUUCAACAUGCUGCUGCGUUUUUACCUCGCACCAAAAUCCAUGCGUCUGUUGACUACGAGCUCACCUUUGGGUCUGAUCUCUGUAUUGUCACUGCCGGGGCCCGCCAGGUCCCUGGGGAGUCUAGGCUCAAUCUGUUGCAGAGGAAUGUGGCUCUGUUUAGGAGUAUUAUUCCUCCGCUGGCUCGUUACUCGCCGGAGACUAUUUUGCUUGUAGUUUCCAAUCCUGUUGAUGUGCUCACUUACGUGGCGUGGAAGCUAUCCGGAUUCCCUUCGAAUCGGGUUAUUGGGUCGGGUACCAAUCUCGACUCGUCCAGGUUUCGGUUCCUCAUCGCCGAUCAUCUCGACGUCAACGCUCAGGAUGUGCAGGCUUACAUAGUUGGGGAGCAUGGUGAUAGCUCGGUGGCACUAUGGUCAAGCAUUAGUGUCGGAGGUGUGCCGGUAUUGAGCUUCUUAGAAAAGCAACAAAUCGCAUACGAAAAGGUGACCUUGGAGAAUAUCCACAAAGAAGUAAUAGAUAGUGCUUAUGAAGUGAUAAGCCUCAAAGGGUACACAUCCUGGGCUAUUGGGUACUCUGUGGCUAACCUGGCUCGAUCCAUACUGAGAGACCAGAGGAAGGUCCACCCAGUCUCGGUAGUUGCUAAUGGGUUCUACGGAAUUGAAGGUGGAGACGUGUUCUUGAGCUUGCCAGCCCAGCUUGGUAGGGGUGGAGUCCUGGGGGUGACCAAUGUGCAUUUGACUGAUGAGGAGGCUCACCGUCUUAGGGACUCUGCUAAGACCAUCCUUGAGGUGCAAAACCAGUUGGGAAUCUGAGUCACAUCACAGUGGAUCCCUGCUUUUGAAUCCCUUUUCAUUUGCAUGUUUUAUCAUUUAUAAUUUUUUGUUUUUUUAGAGACACAAUGUGCCUAUUGUGUAUGUUAUCUUUUGGGGUAGGUUUCAAGUUUAUGUUUAGUGGAUCUAACUAUUUAAGUGGUGUUUUUAUUUCAAUCAAUUAAUUAGUAUUACGAAAGAGGAAGCCUAUUGAAUUUU